AAGAGUGGGAGUACAAAGAUAUUUAGCUCUUCAGCUUCACAGACUGUUUGGACACAACUGCUCAUCAUCUUCACAUUACUUCUGCUUUUAAAUUUGUAGCUUUGGGUUCUUCCAUUUUUUUUGCAGAGUGGAUCUGGAUCUGCACCUGAUACCUUAAGGAAAAAACAUGCAACAGCUGAUCAGUUGAGCUAAUAUAUGAGCCCUAAAAAGUCUUUAUUACCUUGAAGAACCCGGCCUCAGAAAACACGAUUACGACCAAACAACGAAGACAGAGGAGGGAGGAAUCCUUGGACAUCGUCACCACAAAUGAAGGAGACCAUUCAGUGUGAGGCCAGAGAUGCUUUCGGCUUUCUUUUCCAAAAACUGUGAUUGAAACAGAGGAGAUCAAACUAACGACAGACUGUGCUGACACUCUUGUUCAUAUCCUGCACACAGACGUUUUCCUAAACUUAAUCGGGGUCAGAGUGUGAAUGAGCUUCCUUUGACCCUCUUCUGCACUGAGAAAUAAACAAUUUCAUAUAAUUAAAGAGAGUGUCAUGAAAGGCUUAAGUCUCAGCCGGGGGUUGCUGGUCCUUCUGCUCCUUUGGACUUUGUCAGCUGUCAUUGAUGCAGGCAGCGCAGAACGAGGAGUAUCUGGAAGAAGGAGAGGAGGAAGUGGUGGCGGCGCCGGCGAGAAAAGGAGGAAGUUGCACCGCAUCCAGCACGGCCAGUGCAGCUACACCUUCAUCCUGCCAGAGCUGGACGGAUGCCCCGGUGGAGGGUCGCCAUCACAGACGCAACACUAUGGUGGCUUUCAGGGCGGGCCGGGUGUCGUUCAGAGAGACUCGCCGCCUGCUGACAGCGAAUGGUCGGCUCAGAAACUGCAACACCUGGAGAGCACGAUGGAGAACAACACACAGUGGCUGCAGAAGGAAGAAAAGCAUGAAAACCAUCCAGUGAGUG